GCUGUGCUUGACGUUGUACUCGAGGCUUGCCUCACCGUCUCCCGCUGUCCCUCGUCUCCAGUCGCUCCUUUUUUCUGUCUGUACUCUUCGCGUGGCACGUUUCGCCGACUGGUGUGGCGAUACCCCGCGCCUCUGCUGAUAUCCCUCUCUCUGUUUAAUACCCUUCAUCGUCCUCCAUGGUCAGCUUCGGGGACUUCAGUUCCCUCUGCCGAGAUACCCCAAGUUAUCCCUGGUGUAAUCUCUUCUACCAUCAACUCCAACAUCACAGCUCCUCCGUCCUCCAGGGUCUCUCUGCGAACCCCAAGACCGCUCCCGUUGGCGUGAAUCCCGAGUGCGGCAUCGCCCUCGCCGGCACGAACGGCUCCGUCGCCAACAUCGCCAACAUCAUCGCCUGCGGCCUCAGCAUCUUCCUCGUCGCCUACCUCGCCUGGAUCACGGGCCGCCGCAAGGCGGCCGUGGGCAGAACCGAGUUCCGCAUCUUCCUCGGGUGCUACCUCCUGACCCUCCUGCUCCAGAUCCUCACCACCGGGGCCUUCCUCGAGCAGGGCUCGGACGCCCUCACGGUCCUCACGGCGAUACAUGCGGGAGCGGUGGCCGCGACGUUCUGGACGCUGCUUGGAACGGCCAUUGUCAGCACGCAGGUGGUCGAGGACGGCACGCUGAGCUCGCUGAUCCCGUUCUCGUUCUUCAUCCUCGCGUUCGUCGUCGCCACGACGUACAUCGCGCUCGACGUCGCCUUCUCGUUCACCUCCGUGUUCGGGCCCUCGAACCCGCCCGACGCGCUGCACAGCGUCCCCCUCUUCGUCUUGACGACGAUCUGGCCUGGAGCCGCCGCCCUGUUGUAUUUCGCCCUCAUGCUGUACAUCGUCCUCGGCAUGCUGAACGAGAUCCGGCCCAUCUGGUACUACGUCCUCGCCGCCGUGCUCUUCAUCCUCAGCCAGCUCGACUACUUCCUCCUCAACAAGGUCAUCUGCAAAGGUGUCACGCCCGCCAAGAUCGACGGGUCCUUUGUCGCGACGGUCCUCGAGACCGCCGCCGUCGGCGUGCUGCACCUCGCGUGGCGGAGCAUAACAGAAGAGUCCUGGGAAGAAGACCCGUACUACUACGGCCGGUGACACACGCCUGUCCACAGACGAACAAAAACGCCCGCCGCUCUUGUCAUGCGUAAUAUCUUGUACGAUAAUUAUUUGUAGCACCUCCCUCCCCGUCCCCGUCCCCCUCCCCCCUUGCUGUGCUCGUCCAGGACGCGCCACCGCUUAACCCGCUCUCUCUUUCCCGCUCUGGACACACACGCGCGCGCUACCUUGACCCACCGCGGACCAGCCUGAACAGGGAAGGAGGGGAGGCCACCGCGGGACGAUCCUGCAGCCUCGUCGCGGGGGUGGAUGCGUACCCUCGCACAUGUCGACCAAUACCUGCCCGUGUACUUGUUUUUGGUGUCACCGAAGCGAUAUUUGUAUGGAUUUUGCUGUC